GUGUGGCAUAUGUCAAGUUUUCCAAAACUUCAGAAGCAGCUUUGGCCAUGGAGGAAAUGAAUGGGCAGACAAUUGGCAACCAUUUACGACCUCUGAAAGUUUUGAUUGCUCAUAGUCGAGAUCAAGGCUCGCGACGAGACCUGAAUGAAGGAGAGCGGCUGGUGCGCCUGUUUGUUGUGGUGCCGAAGACCAUGACAGAGGGCGAGCUCAGGGAACAUUUUGCCCAGUUUGGGAGCAUUGAAUAUGCUUCCAUUGUUAAGGACAGAAACACCAAAGAAAGCAAAGGAUUUGGAUACGUUAAGUAUGAGAAAAUGUCUGAAGCAGCAAAAGCGUUUGAAAACUGUGACCGCACCUUCAAGCCAGUCUUUGCCGAGCCUCGGCCGCAAAACAAAGACAACUACAACAAUAACAAUAGCGACUUUGGUGGACGUGUUAGCGGUGGAGGAGGGGGUGGUGGUGGUGGAGGUGGUGGCGGAAUGGACAUGCGUAAUGACCUGAGAAUGGAGAUGUUCCGACCUCCUUCAGAUGGAUACGGUGGAGGUGUCACUCGCCUGACUGUGUUUGCCUCGCCAUCGCUCAACCAAGACCAGCUUUGGAAACUCUUUGACCUCAUCCCUGGCCUUGACUACUGCGACCUACGCAAAGACCGCAAGUCUUCAGGAGGACAGGGUCGCGGCGUUGCUACUGUGGUAUACAACAACGUCCAGUCCGCGAACUACGCGUGUGAGAAGCUGCACGGCUUUGAGUAUCCUCCUGGCCAGCGUCUCAUCGUGAAGCCUGACACGCGAGGCUCCGAUAUGCAGCGUGGCAACGGCGGUCCUCCUGCUGCAAUGAUGGGCAGUCCCAUGGGUAACCCGAUGGGUCCUCCACGUAACAAUGCUAUGUCUGGCCCGCCUGGGCCCAUGGCCCCACUUAACGGCAAUAUGGGCGGCGGAGGUGCGCUUGUCAGGCCUGGUCAAAAUCUUCAGCAAGAUCUGGCAGCUCAGCUCGCUGAGACUAUUGCUCAGGCGUCGUCUCUCAUUCAGGCAGCUGGGCUCGCUCAAAGCAACGCAGCUCAGGGCGGUAUGAUGAUGGGGGCAAGCGGUAGUGGCGUGGGCAUGGUAGGUGGGGGUGUGGGCAGCCAUGGCGGCCCUUCACAUGCCGACACCUACGACCCCACCUACUGCUCCACCAAACUGCCUCCACCCCAGCCACUGGCGCCGGUCGACUCUCCUGUCGCUGAACGUCUGUUCAUCGUGUGUCACGGCUCGCCUCCUCCCAUUUACGCCAUGAAGGACGUUUUUGGGCGCUUUGGCAACCUCAUAGACGUCUACAUGCUUAAUGGCAAAAACUUCGGCUACGCAAAAUAUGCCUGCAAAGACUCGGCUAAUAAGGCCAUUUUGACGAUGCAUGGCCAGGAGAUCAUGGGGGCUCGCCUGAAGGUGAUGGAGGCUGACCCUCACGAGAAGAGCGACAGCGCCAGGAAGCGGAUUAGGAUGGACGAAUGAUUUGGUCCUGCUGAGUAUCGUAGGUCAUGACGUAAUUGCCGAUGACUGACAUCUCUACUCUGGCUGAGCCUGGAGCUGACAACAAAUCUGUUGAGACGGGCGCUCUGUUGCUGACGGUAACUGAAGAACUGACGUCACUGCUGACGCUUACUGAGUUGGCAGUCAUGUGACAGUGUGACGUUACACCGUAGACGUAAACAGAAGACGUGUGACGUCUCCCCUGCUGUAGAAUUAAGCUGUACCAUGACACUGUGGUAUUGUUAGCGAUUGAAUACUAGUGUAGGUUUUACUCUGUUAUGAUCACAUUAGAAAACCAUCAGUGUUUAACCCCGAAGUACCGGUGAAUGUAUCGAAAUAUUUCAGAUUUAUACGGGUCGUUCGAAUUGUUCCGCACAAGACGAUUUAAUUUUGAAUUUGCUGUUGUCGACUCCAAAAACAUGCAUGGCAAAGUCUGGCGUUAAAAUUAGUCGGUCAAAUCAACGACUGUCUCGGAUAUUUACGUACCUUAAUGGAUUAAUUGCAAGGUUUUGAUGCAAUCUCAUUACAAUAAUAUAGGUGCGAUACAUAUGCAAAAGUAGACAGACAUUUUAUAAGGAAAUGAGAAUUAUAAUAUAAUGACUCGUUGGCUUACCGAUCUUACUUUUUUGUCGGAGCUGUUAGAGAAACAAAUUUUCCUUCCUGCAAUAUGAGUUGGUGUUUACUACUAUGAUAGAUGAAUGACAAGUUUCGUGAUAUGCGUAGAGAACUUUUCUUUUUUUCGUUGGUCAGCUUUUCUGGCUGUGGAAGCUUUACUUUGGAUGUUGUUAGGUAGUCACGCUUAUUUAGUUCAGUUGAUUGCGUCAAAAUUGAAAAUUCUAUGUUUAUUAUUUGGCUUUUUAUCUCGAUGAACAUUGAGACAGACCACGAUUUAUGUUACUGUUAAAGUUACCAAAUGUACUUUUCGAAAUCGAUACUUAAUCCCUGAUUCUUCUUUACAUCGGGGUGAUGAGAAUCGUCAAUGUAGUUCAUGAUCAGAAAGAAUAAUUUGCCCAU